AUGAAUUUUGGCUUUGUUGCAGUUAUCGAAACAAUUGCAACGAAAGGUCUUGCUUAUGCCGAAUCUACGGGCCGAACCAAGGUAGUACUUAAUGAUUUGGUACUUGCCUUUGUUGAUUUCGGAUUCGAUCUCAACCGCCUACUUGAUCAUGUCAGGCACGUUUCACUGCGUGCCUUUAAAGAUCCUAGAGAAAUUGGUGAUCCGGUGACACGCGGUGUGACCUGUAAGCCUAUCAUCGGCCCAAGUGGUACCGCUGCUAUCCCACGUGCAGCGAGUCUCCUAGCAGACAGCAGUAAAGCUGUUGGAGGAGCUGGGGCAGGGAGCUCCUCCGGAGGGGCUACCGGUCAUGUUGGUGGAACGUCUACCUCUCAGACUGUACCAAAGGCUCCCGCUCACCUUUUCCUUCCUCCCCUUCCUGAACCUCACACAUAUCUCGCUUCGAAAGUGACGCGCCCUCCGCCCGCGCAAAAUCUUGCUGCCCUCCGGCGUCAGAUGAUUGACCAGCGCCGAAAAGUGCAACUUUCUCUGACGAAAUUCCUCUCUCGUUUUCGCAACGUCCACCACCUCUUCCCUGGUGAUCCCGAAUCAUUUCCUAUUCUAAUGCCCCAGACUUCAAGUAGACCGCAUCUCACGGCGCUAUUGGCUGACUCCCUACCUGAAUCGCAGGAGGGCAAUGUAGAGGUUACGGCACCCACUGAUCUGAGUUCAAUCAAGCCUUCAUCUGCAUGCACUAAUUUGUUCGAAGGAUCGAAGGUGUCCACCACCACAAGCUGCACAUCUACAAACUUUUUCCUAAUCUCGUUUGUACCUGAUCGAUCGGCGCGUUCAAAUGGCUUCUUGCAAGUGUGUCGGUGUGCCACUGAAUGGAUUUGUGCAAAGCUGCGCAAAUUUUGCCGAAGUACGCCCAUGGCCAUCAAUCCCGGUGAUUCUCGUCUACCCCGAUACCUCGAGGGGAUAGUUCAGCCCAUUUGGCGCAAGCAGUCCCGUUCUCAGGGUCUCGCCCUCUACCUCCUUCACAGAGAUUAUUGGUCCGACUUUGAGCAGCAAUAUAAACGGAGAAAGCAAAACCCCAUUCAAAACCCACCUGAGUGCUCAAAUGUCAGGGAAAGUGAUUGGAAGCCUGGAUUUCGUCCCGAACACAAUGGCAUCGUCGAGGGUAUUGUUCAUGUGAACCCGUGGGUGGUCAAGUGUGCUUCGGUAUACGCCGAAGUCCAAGCUCGUUAUCGUUUCGAUCGGAGUGAACUAGAUGCUUACGAUUUUGAGAAUGAUGAGAUUGUCUACUCAGCUAAAGUUUUACUCAAUCCCCCGCCAUGUGGUUUUGAUUCACCUACGUGUUUUGCAACUCCCCCCAAAGAUAUGCACCGUUACAGUGCAGAGCUUCGUCAGCUGUACCAAAAACUGGGUGGCCCCUGCGGUUCCGAACCACUAAAAUACGAAAACCUCUCUACCUCGGGCGUUUUGCAUGGAAAAGCUUUUCUUAACCGUAUGCAACACACGUUUGUUCCGCACACCGAGGCAACAGUGCCAUCGGGGUACCCGGAUCAUCCCUACGUGACUUAUAACUUUCCUUUCCGUUUUGACAUUAACAAUGGCCCCGAUUCUAUCAUGAUCAAAUCAAACAAACCAGCUCCAAUGGGAAAUCGCCCAUUGCCGAAAACCAGGCGUGAACUAUAUAUCGAUGCGGUUUAUGGGUUCCCACAAUCGGAUACUGAUAGCGACCCAGAAGCCCCGAGUUCAUCAGAAAGUGAGUCAAACUUCACCCCACCCAUACGUCACCCCUGUGAUCCAAUCAAAGUGAGGCACGGAAUAAGGAAGAUUGACCUAAGAAAGCAGUCUUACAGGGAUAAGUUCCAUGCUGACUCCUAUCCAUGGCACCCGCGGCCAAAGAUUCCUCCCAAAGCAGGAAUUUCCUGGUUCGUUCGGGUGUACGCGGUACCUUCUCAAUCAUCAAAAGAAAGAGGCAGGCAUCUUGCUGAGCUCAAGAUACGCAAACUGACAUAUCUUCCAAUGACUAUUCCUAUACAUCACAGGCCGCCACCGAAAAUUUCUGUUGACUACUCGCUGGCCGUCGGACCCAGGGAAAACACCGACGCUGGUGUAAUCACGCUAAAUGCAAAACUGGACAAACUGGUUUAUGGGCCUGGUGAUCCGAUCAUUGUAAAUAUCAAAGUACAUAACACAUCCAACCGAGUAAUACAGCAAAUAACGGUUGAAGUUAGUCAGUGCAUUCGCGUUAAUUCCUUGUAUAGCAAAGCUUGGAGGAACACGAUCUGCCGGCGCGAAAUUACAGCUGAGAAUUAUCAUGCGCAAAUGCCGAUAUUGCCAGCCACAGAACAGCUUCGCUUGAGCUGCCGUCUAAACCCAUGGCCCAAAGAAGAACAGUGUAGGCACCUGUUCAAAGAUGAACUUCACAAGCGACGCCCUUCGCGAGUGCCAAUUGAAGAGGAAGCCUUUACUCUACGCAUGCCAACGGAUCCGGGGAUACUUUUCGCUGUUCAACGGCCAGGUCGAUAUGAAAAGUUCCCCCAGACCUUCCUUCUUAAGCGCAAACCUGCCUUUUCUACUUUGCGUGGAAUGCUGGAACAUUUUUUCGAAGAGAGCAGGCUUUCAAUUAUGAAUCCUUUACCACCGGAAAUAAAGAACCCCUUCGAUGGAGAUCCCUACGGGCGAUGUCUUUGCUUUAAAGGGCCGGAAGAAGAAAGCGCAAGUAACCGUUGCGCACGGAUGCCACCGGAUGAGCCCUAUCAAUAUCCUUUAUAUAUCGAUAAUGCAACUUCGCAGGAGGAGGAAACGAAAUACCGAAAAGCAGUCCAGCAAAUGCUGGCACCACUUUGUGGCCGCUGCAAAGGAAGUCGCCAAACAGAUGAACAGCCCAUUUAUGUCAAUUACGAGGUUGUUGUCACUGCCGUCCUUCGACCACAAAACACCCCCGAUCCAUUGGCCCAUGACAGACUUCUAGAAGAAUGUAAGCUUGGUUGCGGCCUUUUGGACCCACCCAAAGGGCGCCUGGAAGGUGUCAGUGGACCGAGGGCAUCGCUACCGGUAAUUUUUGCGCUGAUGAGGCCCGAACCAGAAGAGCCAGUACCUGUAGCUAACUUUAAUGUUGACGAGAGACAAAACAAACAUCCUACGAUUCCUCCGAAGCCAAAGAUGUGGGAGCCUAGUGACGGAAAAGGCUUCCUUUUAGUUAAGCCACUACAGAUGGCGGCACCAUGCACUAAGCAAGGAAGCACGUUGCACUGCACAUAA